GGGGACAAAGGUGAGCCUAGGUUGUUUUCUCGACACCCACACCAUGAGUGUGGCAUGCUGAUAAAUCAAGGAGUAAUAGGAUAUAAACAUCGAUCGUUGCCCCAAUUGAACGAGAACAUCAUCAUAAUACAGCACAGAUACACACACUCUCACACACACUCUCUCACACACUCUCUCUCACACACUCUCUCUCACACACACUCUCUCACACACACUCUCUCACACACACUCUCUCACACACACACUCUCUCUCUUGCUUGUCUUCAGAAGCCAUAUUCUUGUCUUUUUUCCUUGACAUACAGCAACCAUGGGAAAGUCACUGGUAUACCCGAAGCGGGAGAGUAAUACCAUGAACCGGUAUAAGCAUAGAGGGACAUAUGAUCUUGGUCCUAUCCACUCCAUCAUCAACAGCGCACCUGUUUUGCAUGUUUCCUUCAGCCCCAGUCCAGAUGACCCAUUCCCCGCCAUUCUUCCUAUGAUCGGCCAAAUGGGUUCAUUCGAAUAUCCCUCGUCCGGAAUAGACGACCCUCUUGAGUGCUACCUUCACGGAUACGUUAGCUCCCGGAUCAUGAACCUGGCUCGCGCCACAGAUGGCAAGGGACUUCCUAUCUGCAUCGCCGCGACACAUGUGGACGGACUAAUUCUCACCCUUACACCUAAUUCGCACAGCUACAACUACCGCUCCGCAGUGCUCCAUGGAUACGCCACCCUGGUGACGGACGUAGAAGAGAAGCUGUGGGCGAUGAAGCUGAUCACUAACUCAGUGGUGCCUCAGCGAUGGGAGAACACCCGCAUCCCACCGGACGGCGCAGAAAUGCAGUCUACCACCAUCCUCAAAGUCAAAAUCGUCGAUGGUAGUGGGAAAAUCAGAGACGGUGGCGUGUCCGACGAGAGAAAGGACAAGGAUAGACCCGACGUCACGGAAAAGGUCUGGACCGGUGUUGUCCCCGUUUGGCAGACGUUCGGGGAGCCGGUGCCGGACGGCCUCAACAAGGUCAAUGAGGUUCCGGAACAUAUCAGUUCAUAUAUCGAGCGGAUGAACGAGCAGAAUCGAAAGUGUGCAUUUGAUGCGAUCAAGGUUCCAUUGCCGAAGGAGGAGCAACAUUAGCUCAAAGGCCGACAGUGUGAGGGUGCUGUGUUUGUAGCUUCAAUAUACUUUUGUCUCCAAAUAUGCUUAAUUUGUUUGACGGUUUUGUCAUAUUUUCGAGUCAUCGUCAAAAAUAUCCCGACAGUACUCCGUAUAAAUGCGCCAGAUCAGCGCAAGCACAGCAUACGUUGUCCCUAAAAAGCGAUAAUCCCGGCUUCUGGGAGUAUCGCAGGACGGCUGGGCCUAUGAGUCUAAUAUGAAGGGCGUGUUGCGCUGCGGCCCUCGAAUUCGAGUUCAACCCCAAUCUUGGCGCCCAAAGAACCUUGUUUGCUAUGGAAGCUUUAAGCCUCUCGCAAGCCGAGAAAACUCCACAUG